AUGCUCGCCAGAAAUGCCAUACGGUUAACAGCUCGCCGCCGCCCUCCUCUCUCCCGCCCGCGCAUCGCCUCUGGAAACCGGCCCUCUUCUUCUUUCCUCCAAUGCCGUCGAUACUCUGCGGCCUCCUCACCCGCGACGUCGCCGGCUUCCCACGUCAUGGGAGCCGGAGCCCUAGCGCCAUUCGUCUCGGAACUCGAUAAGCUCGCGCCAUCUUUCGAUGUGAAAGGGUCGGAUAUUAGGAUAUUGCGCACCCCGACGGAGUUUUAUGAGACGUUGAAGGAGAAGAUCCGGGGCGCUGAGAGGAGGGUAUUUUUGUCGACUUUGUAUAUUGGGAAGUCGGAGCAGGAGCUGAUCGACACCCUCGCCGAAGCGCUGCGGAAUAACCCGAAGCUUACCGUGAGCAUACUUACCGAUGCGCUGAGGGGAACGAGAGAGGCGCCAAAGGCUUCCUGCGCGUCGCUUCUUGCACCGCUCGUCGAGGAGUUUGGGGCGCAUCGGGUUGAGAUCCGCAUGUACCACACGCCGAACUUGACAGGGUUAAGAAAGAAGCAUGUUCCGAAGAGGAUCAAUGAGGGUUGGGGUCUGCAGCACAUGAAGCUGUAUGGAGUGGAUGACGAGAUUAUAUUAUCUGGCGCCAACCUUUCUUCUGACUAUUUUACGAAUCGUCAAGAUCGGUAUCAUCUAGUCAGUUCCAAAGAUGUCACGGAAUACUUCCGGCGCAUCCAAGAAGGAGUUUCGUCCUUUAGCUUCCUUGUCGCCCCCUCGACCGAGGAUCCCGCCGGCUUCAAGCUCACCUGGCCCUCCUCAAACGGUGGUCCCUCGCCGUUGAGCGCCCCCAGCGACUUCGUGCGCCACGCAACCUCAGUCCUAAAACCUCUCAUAAAACCAACCCACCCGCCACCCGCAGCCUCUGAGAAGAGCCCAGUCUUCGAGAUCGAAGACACAAGGAUAUACAUCCUCGCACAAAUGUCGCAGCUCCUCCGCCCCGACAUAUCCACCGAACUCCCCGCCAUAACACACAUCCUCCGCACCAUCGCACGACCCGACUACGCCUCCUCCUCCUGGACCUUCACGGCAGGCUACUUCAACCCGGCGCCGUCUCUCACCAAACUCCUCCUCUCCACGAGCCCUGGCGGCCAAAAUACCGUCAUAACAGCCUCUCCCUACGCGAACGGCUUCUACAAAUCCCCCGGAGUAUCGGGCCUCCUACCGGGCGCAUACACCGUCUUCCUCCGCCACUUCCUAGACGCCGUGUACGCCUCGCGCCGCACGGAUAUCCAAGCCUUGGAAUGGCGUCGCGGCACCGUCGGCGAUCCGGGCGCGUGGACGUACCACGCCAAGGGACUCUGGGUGUCGCUUCCGCGUGAGACGAAUCCGUCGAUGACAUUGGUCGGAAGCUCGAAUUAUACCAAGCGGAGCUAUUCGCUGGAUCUCGAGGUCGGCGGGUUGGUCGUCACGAGGGAUGAGGAUCUCAAGAGGAGGUUGGCGGAGGAGAAGGAGUGGUUGGCUGAGCAUGCGACUGUUACUACGAGGGACGAUUUGUGUACUUCGGAGAGGAGGGUGGGGAUUAAAGUGAGGAUUGCCAUGUUGCUUGUGAAACUUGCAGGGGGUGCUUUAUGA